UGUCCAACCGUGUUGGAAAGGACCAGUGCUCAUGCUCUAUUACUGUGCUGGGUUAGCUUUUCUUCUUUGCUACUUUUAAAAGUUUGUUUUCAUGACAUUUAUUUUAACUUGCAAUGUACAGUAUGAUGUCAAUUUUUCUUUCCAAAACAGAUCGUAUCAUACCACCCUCUUUCACAAGGUCUCUGAAAAGACUUGAUGGAAUUAUGGGUAAUGAUAUUUCAAUGGAUUGCAAAGUAUCAGGAUCCCAGCCUAUGACUCUGUCUUGGUUCAAAGAUGAUAAAGAAAUUAAGUCUGGAGAUAGAUAUUUACCUGAACUCAAAGACAACUCAGCUGCACUGAAAAUUACUCAAUUGGAAAAGGUUGAUGCUGGAGUGUACACAUGCCGGGCAACAAAUUCUGCUGGAUCUAAAGAAAGCAGUGGAACCUUAUAUGUCAAAGAACCUCCAAUCUUCACAUUGAAACCUGACAACCAAGAUGUCAUACCAGGAUCUACCGUUGUCUUGAAGUGUGCUUUCACUGGAACAGCUCCUCUUAUGAUCAAGUGGUUCAGAGAGGACAAGGAGAUAUCAAGUGGAGGCACAUUUUUUAUCAAGAAGGAGACCUCCUCAAGUUUUUUGGAACUUCACUCAGUAAAGCCCACUGACUCAGCUAACUACCAUUGCCAAGUGGCCAAUGACGCUGGAAAGGUGGCAUGCACUGCUGUCUUGUUUGUGAAAGAACCUCCAGUGUUUGUGAUGAAGCUUGAGUCUACGAAACUAGUAGUGAAAGGAAGUGCUGUAAAGCUAGAGUGUAAAGCAACUGGCACCCCUGAGAUCAGUUUUAAGUGGUUCAAGAAUGAGAUCGAGAUAACACAAAAUGAGAAAUACAAAAUGGUUGUCAUCAAUUCAGUUGCCUCAUUGGAGAUUGUCAACUGCUCUGUUGAUGAUAGUGGAAAUUAUGUUUGUGUGGCAUCAAGUGACGCUGGUAGUGACCACAGCAGCAGCACAGUUACAGUUAAAGGUGUGUUGAGUAUUCAGCUUUCUGAGUUUUUUUUAGAUUAAUCAAUUUAUAUUUUUAGAUUGUAUUCUGACUUGAUUGCCAUCUUCUUUUAGAACCUCCAAUAUUUACAAGGACCUUUGAAUCCAAAGAAGUUAUCAAAGGAUCUGAUAUUAUGUUGGAAGGAAAGCUUGCAGGCUCUGCUCCAUUCAACGUAUCUUUUUACAAAAACACAAAGGCGAUCAGAAAUGAUAAAAGACACAAGAUAGUCUUAAAGGAUGACAUAGUUACCCUCCAGAUUCUGGCAAUUGAAGUGAGAGAUGCUGGAAAAUAUCAGUGUACAGUAGAAAAUGAAGUUGGGAAGUCAUCUUGUGAUUGUGAGAUGACAC